AUGCUGCGCGGAUUCACCGCACAGGCAGCGCUCGAUGCGCCGCGACUGUGCAUCUCCGCCGGCAGCCCAGACUCGACGGCAGAAGGCGUGGCGGGCGAUAUCAAUAGCGAGGUGUACUUUGAGGAGGGAAUCGCGCCCGAGGUGCUGGACCAGCUACGCGCUAUGGGACACGAUGCACGCCUCGCGACGGGGCUCGGCCGCUCGCUGUUCGGGCGCGGGCAGGUCAUCCAGAAGAUCGUCGACCAGUCCGGCAGGACAGUAUGGGCCGCGGGCUCCGACCCACGUUCGGACGGGCAUGCGGCGGCGCAGAUUUGA